UGCGUGUUUAUGAACGCUACCUUUAACGCGCAUGCCUAGAGUUGCAAGUCACCGGUAAAUGCAACUGUACAAGGAAGUCUUCUUAAAAAUAUUACAGAACAGAUUGUACAAAUAACAGAUUUUCCAAUCAUAUAAAAUUUAAUUUCUAUAGGUUGUACUGAUGCUGACAAUGUAAAAUGCAAUUUCUAUCUUUAAAGAUUACCUAUCCAUAUUACCAUUUCCGUCUUAAAUACGUAUUCCGGAAGUAAAAUAAAGCAGCCCGUCUCCUUUGUUGUACUUCUGGUUACAACAUGUCACCGGCGACAUGAUUCCUGCUUUGAGUGAACAGGUUUACAUCGAGUAAUUAUUUUUGUGCUGUGAUGGGUUGGCUGAUAUGUGUGAAACACGCUUAUUGUUUUAUUUUCACGCUUUGUAUUUUUGCUGUGGGUCAAAUCUUGGCAGCUGAAAAAAAUGAAAACCCAAACUCGCAGCCAAUAGAAGAAACAGUUUUGGACGAUUUACUGAAAGAGAAUGAGCAGAACACACUCAAGAGUCAUGAUGAGGAAAGCGAGUUUGCGCGCAUGAGCAAGAUCCAGUUUAAAACUGCUGAAAUUGCAGAUGCAAUGCUGUCCAUUAUACCUGGUGAUGGAGAAACUGAACCUACAGACUCUUCUUGUCAGGAUGGAGCUAAAUGCCAAUUAGGAGAAACCGCAAACCCCUCUUCACAGACGGAUCCGAGAGAGGUUUUGAGUGAGAAUUCAGAAUUAGGAGAUCUAGUUACUCUGGGAAUGGUGCCUGUGGACACUGCAACAGAACAUGAAGAAAAUUCAACUGAGAUGGCAAAAAUGCCUAAAGUGAACUGUGAAGAAAGAAACAUAACAGGGGUGGAGAACUUUACUGUACACAUUUUAAAUGCAUCACAGGAUCUCAUGGACUUUUUAAAUGCAAACAGCACUGAAUGUUCUGUGGUCUUGUUUUAUACAACGUGGUGUCAUUUCUCAGCCAGUCUUGCUCCUCACUUCAAUGCACUACCACGUGUUUUUCCUAGUAUGCAGUUUCUUGCUCUGGACGCUGCUCAACACAGCAGUCUCUCCACUAGAUUUGGUACUGUGGCUGUUCCCAACAUACUUUUGUUUCAAGGAGCAAAACCCAUGGCCAGAUUCAACCAGACAGACCGUACACUUGGGACCCUCAAGUCUUUUAUUGUUAACCAGACAGGUAUUGAAGCAAAUAGUGAAGAAGAUAUCAGAGAAGAUGAUUAUUCUGGCCCUCUACCUAAUGUUCCAGUCAAGAGUAUUGAUUGGUUGCUUGUCUUCUCUGUCUUUUUUAUUUGUAGCUUUGCAGUGUAUGCAGUGUUAAGGACAGACAGCAUUCGUUGGCUUAUUCCAGGUCAAGUUCAUGAACAUCAGGAUUAAAAAAAGAUGCAAGAGAUUUAAAACCUGUAAUAAAAUCAACAAUUAAACAAUGGAGUGUACAAUUACAA